UCAGCCCCUCCUAGAUUCAACGACCUGCAGUAGAGCGGCCCCACUUCCCUCCCGAGCUGCCAUGACACACCAUGGACAGCGAAAUUCUCCUGCCUAAUCUAACACUGGGAAAUCUAAUAAGAAAGUAAUCUCGUUGGCCUGAAACUUUGAGGCGGAGAGCCAUGGUUCUCAUGCUGUUGGGCUCCUCUCUUGCGUCGUCACACCCAGCUUGCUCUUCCGGUUCCAGGAGAAAAUGUAGCACCGCCAGACAGAAAAUCAUCAGAUGCUCUCUGAAAGAGAAAGCGCCAUUGAACAAACAUGGAGUAGUAUCCAAGCAGUUAAUCUCCUGCCUUGCUGCUUCGCUUGUGUUCAUCUCUCCACCUAGUCAGGCUAUUCCUGCAGAAACCUUUGCCCAGCCGGGCUUGUGCCAGAUCGCAGCAGUGGCAGCCAUCAACAGUGCUUCAGUUCCUCUGAAAUUUGACAACCCUUCAGAUGACGGCAGUGUAGGGAUGAUGAUGAAGGGUAUGACUGCCAAAAACUUUGAUCCAGUUCGCUACUCUGGUAGAUGGUUUGAGGUAGCCUCACUGAAACGUGGAUUUGCUGGUCAGGGACAGGAAGACUGUCAUUGUACUCAGGGAGUCUAUUCAUUUGAUGAGAAGACACGCUCAAUCCAGGUGGAUACAUUCUGUGUACACGGUGGACCUGAUGGAUACAUCACCGGUAUUCGGGGAAGGGUGCAAUGUCUGACCGAAGAGGACAUGUCAAAUGCCGAGACAGAUCUUGAGAGGCAGGAGAUGAUACGGGGGAAAUGCUAUCUCCGGUUCCCAACACUGCCGUUCAUACCCAAGGAACCCUACGAUGUCCUUGCAACUGAUUAUGACAAUUAUGCAGUUGUAUCUGGAGCUAAGGACACAAGCUUUAUUCAGAUAUACUCAAGAACACCUAACCCCGGGCCAGAAUUCAUCGAGAAGUACAAGUCCUAUCUUGCCAACUUCGGCUAUGACCCAACCAAGAUCAAGGACACCCCACAGGACUGCGAGGCGAUGCCCUCCGACCAGCUUGCGCUGAUGAUGUCGAUGCCCGGGAUGAACGAGGCCCUGACUAAUCAGUUCCCAGACCUAAAGCUGAAGGCAUCGGUGGCGCUGGACCCGUUCACAAGUGUGUUUGACACCCUGAAGAAGCUGCUUGAACUGUACUUCAAGUAAACUCGGUGUCGUAUUGUUCAGUGGUCCACUUCUCCACAUGGAGCUGCAGUUGAAUAGAGUCCAGUUUGUUGGUUUGUUCUAGCAUUUGGUAAUUUGGCUUUUGCUGUGUGCCUUAUCAGAGGAGGAAAUAUUCUUCCAAACACAUAAUAAUACUGAAAUAUUUGAGCAUCCAGAAA